AUGGGCCUCUCACCCAAGCCAAACCAUAAGCGAAUACCCCUUGCUGAUGUCAACGCAAGUAAUCUCACCUCCAACCGUUCCAACAAGGUCUACAGGCAGCAUGGCAACAAGCCAAUGGGGAAGACAAUUUACCAGCGGGCCCCAUACAAGUUACCUCGUCGGGUAAAAAGGACCCGUGUCGUCCGAACAAUCCGACAGAAGCUCAAAGUUGUCCUCUACUUUAUGCACCAUCGGCUCGAGGAUAAGGACUAUCGCGACGGUAAGGAGCAGAAGCAGCGGUGCCUCCAUGGAUUGGAGUACGAUGGCUGGUAUAGACCUCCAACACUCUUCGACGCUGCCGAUUGGUUCAAAAUCCCGAUGACUACCGCCUAUAAUAUAUGGGCGACACGCCAUACGAUAGUGGCGGCGAGUAGAAGCAGUCGUGUUACAGCACCGUCGACCAAUCGUGAGAGGUAUCCCGAGCUCGAGCUUGAAUUGUUUCGGCAGUUUGUCGAGUGGAGGCAGAUGGGACGGAAAGUUUCGCGGUACUGGUUCCAUCGACGAGGGAAGAUUAUAUUCGACACGUUGUAUGGCCAUGAACUAGAUGAGAACGGGCAGAAGCUGCAGUUCCAAUUUUCAAACGGCUGGUUCAAACGUUUCCUUGGACGAUGGGACAUCUCCUGGCGACGGCUUACUCACGCCAGCCAGCAUCUCCCACCCCACUACCUUGAACUUGUGAAUCGAUUCCUCCGGUUUAUUCGCCGAAACUCGCUGGUCCGGACAAGCGUUGGCUGCUACUGGCGCUUCCAGCUGUCCAACAUUAUCAACAUGGAUGAAGUGCCAAUUCCUUUUGAGUUCUUUGAUGGGUGUACUUACCAUCUCAAAGGAGAACACACGGUCACUGGAAAUGUUACCAACUCCAGCUGGGCUAAGCGCCAAGCCACCCUGAUCUUAUACGUGUUUGCCGACGGCGUGCCAAGACUCAAGCCGAAGCUCAUCUUUCAUGGUGUGGCGGGCGGCGAGCUUGACAAGAAGGAGCGAGUCAAUUGGGACCCUCGUGUCACCGUUGAGGUCAAUCCGAGCGCGUAUAACAAUGAGGAGCUCCUAGUUAAAUGGUUAGACAAAGAACUGUUUGAUGUAUUGGAGGGACGCGACAGCUUACUCGUGAUGGACCACGCCGCCUUCCACAAAACAGAAGUUGUGAAGGCAAAACUUCGGGAGAAACGCGUUUGUCUGGCGAUGAUACCGGGCGGAUGUACUGGACUACUCCAGCCACUAGACGUUAGUAUAAAUAAGUCCUUCAAGGCAUCGAUGAGGGAGAAGCUUGAGUUGUUGAUGGACAACGAAACCUUCGAGGAAACUCCGACGAAACAGACAGCGAUUUCAGCGCGGCGGAUCGCGGUGACGAGGGCCGUUGCCGAUGCCUGGGAUGACCUGAAUAGGCAAAAAAGACAGCUUAUUAAGGACUCCUUUGUCCAUACUGGCAUCGCUGUUAGCCCUAUCGGUACCGACGACCACUUGAUCAAGAUCAAAGACUUUGUUGACAAGGUAGACUUUACCGGUUGGGAGAUCUCCGAGGACUCGGCGGAGGACCUGGCUGACGUCAAAAUCGAGGAGCUCGACGACGACGUGUUCGCCUACUCACUGCCGGAGGAUGAAGGUGAGACGCUUGCCCGGCAAGAAAAGAGUUAUAAGUCCAUGUUAGUACCUGAUUUAAAGCGCGUCAUGAAGAGUAGACUUAUACCUGGAGGCAGCCGCAUGAACAAAGCUCGGCUCAUAGAGCGACUGUUGGCGGAGGACGCCAAAGGUUGGAUUCCAUCAAAUCCCAUCAUCAUUGAUGGCGCCGGGAAUUCUCUCGGCCCACCUGAAUUGGCAGAGCGCGCGGAACAGGAGGAGAGGGAGGAGAUGGAGCAGCAAUUGAAGCUUGGAAAGGAUUGUAGUACAAUUGAAACGUUGAGAUAGACGUGGGCGUUGAGGUUGUGGAGUUGUUUGGAUCGUUUUGAUAGACUCUAAAGUUUGAAGUUCUCAAAGUUCCUAGCGCCGCGCUAGUAACUUGGCAUUGCCUAAUCGGGUAAAACGCCGCUGCAAUUUGGUGCUGCUCGUUGUGCUGGUGAAGAAUUGGGAGGAUUUUAGAGCCUACCCCGCAGUGUUCACAACUGUU